AUGACAGAACCUGUUGUCCAGUGUACAUUUCAUAAUGUUUCAACUGAUCUUGUUAAUAUUAUAUCAUCAUCAAUGGGCAUUCGUUCAUUAUCAAAACAAAACAAUAAUCAAUUUUCUUAUUCAUCUUCACUUUUAAAUGCUCGACAAAUACGUUCUAGUCUUGCUGAUACUCUUGGUCAAUAUCCACAAAUUUGGUUUUCAAUAGAUCAUUCAAAUCAGUUUAAUAAUUCUUCGUCAAAAUUCGAUAAAAAUGUUUAUAUGAUUGAUCAUAUAUUUUUUGGUUCUUUAUAUUCCAUUGAAAAAUUUCUCGUUCAUAAUACACCUCUCAAUAAUAGAAAUCGUUGGAAAAUAAGAAUUUAUAAUAAACAAACAUUAAUGAUUGAAUCUGAAGACGAAGAAGAAGAAGAAGAAGAAGAAGUCUGUUCUAUCCGCUUAUCUGUACCAAUAAAAUUUCUCCACAAACAAAUUCUUGUUAUUGAUGGUGAAGAUUUUUCUGAAAUUAUUUGUAGUUAUAAUUUUAUAACAGUCGAAAUACGAACAAAUAGUAAUAGCAAUAAAAAAUAUGAAAAGAUUUGUGGUAAUAAUCCAAUAGUUAAAUCAUUAAAUCAAUGUACAGAAUUUUUAAUAUGUUUAUCGCCGAAAACAAAUGCUGAUUUACUUCUUGAUUAUCUUCAAUUAAAUUAUCAUUUCCAAAUUUUUUAUACAACCAUCGUAAUACAACAUAGUAUUCAUGAAUGGUCAAUGCAUGAUAUGAGUUGGUAUCAAACAGAUAAUACACGUUAUGCUAUAUCAAUGUUACAUUCAUUAGGGUAUGCUUUUGAUGAUAAGUAUUUAAGCAAUGAAUCACUUCAAAGUUUAAUGAUUGCAUUAGCUGAAAAAGAUGAAAAUAAUUUUUAUCAAUUAUCAUUAAAAGCUUUUUAUGAACUAAGAAAAUGUCAUUGGCUAAAUUUGAUAGAAAUUUUUAAUAAAAAUCUUGUUAAAACAGUGGACGAGAGUAAUAUUUUUCAUGUUGCUGUUAUUCAUAUAACUCCAACGCGUAUUUUAAUAAUGCCAAAAGAAAAAACAAAAGGACAUCGUGCAAUGCGCCAUUCAUUAUUUCAAGAUGUUCAUGAUUUUUGUCUUGUUUAUUUAAAACCUGACCCACCAAAUAUAUAUUUCAAUGAUGAUAAUAAUCAUAUGAUAGGAUAUUUUAGAGAAUUAUUUCUAUCUGGUAUUGAUUUUGGUGGGAAUCGUUAUCAUUUAUUUGGUGCAUCAAAUUCACAAUUAAAAGAUCAUUCGUUUUGGUUCAUUAAAGCAUUAUCAUUAAAUGAAAUUCAUCAAAAACGACAAUUAUUAGGUCAAUUCGAUGAUAUUUUGAAUUUAGGUACAUAUGUUGCUCGACUAGGUUUAUGGUUCAGUAAAACUGAUCCAACAGAUAUUAAAAUUAAUUAUUGCUCCAAUGAAAAUGAACUUAAUCAGCGUGUUAGAAAAGGAGAAAUAUGUAUCAUGAUGAUUGAAGAUAUUGAAAGAAAUAAUUAUUGUUUUACCGAUGGAAAUGGUUUAGUUUCGAAGGGUUUGGCAAAAUUAAUAAAUGAAAAACUUACGAAUAGUCAACAAAACAAACAAAUUAUACCAUCAGCUUAUCAAAUUCGUAUAGCUGGUUGUAAGGGUCUUAUUAUAAUUGAUCCUCAAUCAACAUUUGAUCAGUUCUAUAUUAAAAUUCGUCCAUCAAUGAAAAAAUUUGAAUGUAAUGAUUGGACUUUAGAUAUUUGUGGUUAUAGUCGCGCAAUACCGAGUCGACUUAAUAAUCAAUUUAUUUGGCUAUUAUCAGAUCUUGGUGUAUCGGAUGAAGCAUUUUUUCGACUUCAACAACGAUGGUUUAGUAGAAAGCCACCACAUUCAAAUUAUUCCGAUGACAUAUUGAAAAAUAAAAUUCCAUUACCUGUGAAUGAGUGUCGCUAUAUUUAUGGUUGUGCAUUAGAAUCUCAACUUCAAGAAGGACAAUGUUUUAUUCGCUAUCAAAUUUUAAAUGAGAAUGGCAAAUCAUGUUCAAAACCAAAAUUUGAAUGUGUUCGAGGAAGAGUUAUUGUGACAAAAAAUCCUUGUCCAUAUGCUGGAGAUAUGUUAGAAUUAUGGGCAGUUGAUUUGCCAGAAUUAUAUCAUUUAAAUGAUGUUAUUAUUUUUUCGGUUCGCGGUGAACGACCUGAUUUUAAUAAAAUUGCUGGAUCUGAUCUUGAUGGUGACGGAUAUUUUGUCUACUGGGGUCAAGAAUUACGUCUCAAAUCUCAAGUGAAACCACUCGAUUAUACUCCAGAUAAAAAACAAUAUCAAUCAAAACCUAUUUCUCCUGAAGAUGUUAUUAAUUAUUGUCUUUCAACAUUAAACAUGACUAGUUCAGGUGAAAUAUAUAAUUUGCAUGCUAUAAUUAUCGAUAAAAAUUAUGAAAAUUAUCAACAAAGAACAUGCCAACCAUUAGCCAUUGAAUUAGCUCGAAUGUUUUCAUCGGCUGUCGAUUCUGGUAAAACAGGUUAUAUUAUUGAUAAAAAACGUAUUAAAAGCAUUCGUGAAAAAUAUGGACAAAAAUAUCCCGAUUUCUUAGGAAAAGAUGAGAAAAGAUCAUAUACAUCAGAAUCUAUUGUUGGCAAACUUUAUCGCAAUGCACUUAAUUACAUUCAUGGAAACUUAAAACAACUUGAAGCAGUUUUUGCUCAAUUGAAUAUCGUUGAAAACGAACAGGAAAUAUUGCCGCAUAUAAAUUUACCGUCAGAAAAUAAAUUUGAUACACCAGUGAUUUCAUCUAAAUCAGCUGAUAAAUCCAUGGCAUUACAUCCAGGUUCUCCAUUGCCACUAACUCCAAAUUCAGUUUCCAUAAAUAGCGAUAAUUCUUUUAUAUUGUACAAUAAAAUUCCAUCUCAAUUUUUUCUAAUCGAUGGUAUGACAUCAUUAUACUCAUCAAUACAAUUACAUCCGUCAACAAAACCUUUUUAUUCCGAACAUAAUGAUUUAAUUCGUCUUCGUAUUGAACUCGAACUAUUAUCUAACGAACAUUUCAAAACAUAUUUACCAUCUUUAUCUUCUCUGUUCUUCGAACAGCUUUCUUCUUUUCAAUAUUCAAUAAAUGAUAAUGAAGUAUCAAAACUGAUUAUUUCAUAUGGAUAUAUAUAUUUAUUAAAAUAUCAAGAGCAAAUGUUAAGUCUUACACAAUCUCCUAAAACUUUAGAGUCUUUAUUAAAUAAUCAUUUUUUACCACCACUAUUUGAUACAUUUUUUCCAUCAACCAUUCUUGAACGUAUAGAAAUAACGAAGGAUAAUGCUCAUUGUCUACAACAGAUAUUUUAUAAACUAAAUCAUACGAUUAAACAAGAAUAUAUGGAGUCAAUAUCUGAUUCUCUAUGCUUAGUAUUACCAUGGUUUAAAAUGAAUUUGAUUGAACAUCAACGUGAAAUAAUUCUCAUUUGUCUAAAUACUCAUUCUAAUAAUGAAAUUCGUAUACAUUUUGAUAAAAAUGGUCGAAUAAAAUCUAUUGAUAAUUUACCGAAAGUUUUAUUUAAAUGCUUUCAUCAACAAACAUCAUCAUCUUACCGCCCCGAUAUGCUUUAUGAAUUUUGUUCUUAUUCAACGAUAAAUAAUGAAAAUUAUUCAUUAAUAUUUAAACAUGAAGUAUUACUUGACCCAACACAACCAUUAACACUUCCGUUACAUGAAUAUAUAGUUCCUAUUGUUUCAUAUAGUAUUGUAGCAAAUAUAUUUCGAUAUAAUGAUAUAGAAAUACAUAUUAUACGAACAUUUGCACCCAUUCAUUAUAAAAAUGAUGAUUUUUAUAAACUCAGAUGUAUAUUAGGUUAUAUUGAGCAAUUGGAACAACAGCAUUCAAUUGAAAUGCAUGUUCAUAUGAAUAAAAAUGAAAAAUUAAAUCGAGAAAAAUUACGUUAUAUUAUGGCAUUGGCUACGGAACUUAGUCAAAUGUUAGAUUGA